AUGUUAGCUAUUUCUUGUCCAACAGUAAACUGCUACAGAAGACUGCAUAAACAUCUUGCUCCCUCCUGUGUGAAUUGGGAUUUUCAUGAUAGGUAUGUAUCAAUUCGUGUAAAAAACUUUGAUGAGAAACAGACAUACAUAGAAAAUCGUAUACCAUCGUCCGCAUCUUGUUCUUACCAUGUGCUUGCUGCCACAAUAGCAGCUGGACUAGAUGGCUUGGAACGUCAGAUACACCCUCCACCUUCAGGUUUGAAACUAGCAAAUGGUCAAAUUGGUGUCUGUAAAGUACUUCCCAAUACAAUUCAACAGGCUCUACAUAGUCUUAUGGAUGACAAAAUACUUGUGAACAAGUUGGGAGCAGAUUUUGUUGAUUGGUAUAUUCAAGUGAAAAAGAAUGGAGAUUUGUCAUCACUUGGUCAUUUAAAUAUACAUGAUAAUACUGAAGAAACACUGGCUUAUGAAAGAUAUGAAUAUUUCAACUUUAUGUGA